CGCUCAAGCUUUCGCUGCAUCCAGCCCGAUCUCCCUGGCCAAGCCAAGCCGCACUGCAUCGCAUCCAGCAUGUCCAGCGACCAUCAGGACAAGCUCGUCAAGGCCGACUCGGCUGCCUUUGUCGAGUCCGACGCCGUCGCUGAUCUCGACUACGACGACGACCACGAUCAUUCCGGCCACGAUGACGAUGAGGACGGCGAUGAAAUCCAAGCCCCUGCCGAUGACGAUGAGACCCAGGAGGACGCCGAAGAUGCCAAGCCGAACCAGCAGCCCAUCACCCUGGCCGAAGAGAUCAUUGACUCGAUCCUCAAUCCGGGAAUCAAGGGCCGGGUAGCCGCCAUGAUGAACCUGUCCUUUGCCUUCCUGAUCCUCUCGCUCAUCGUCCUGGCCGUCCUCACCGGCGGAAACAUCCAUGUGCUGAUCCUCAUUGUCAUUUCCGCUUGUUUGUUUGCCAGUCUGCAGUGGUUCCUCUACGAGCUGUCCAAAGGCCCUCCUCUUCUUACCAACGAAGAGCUCAAGAAGCAAAACGACGAGUACCAAGCCAGCUUGAGCAAGAAAACCAACUAGCACCACAACUACGAGCCGGGGCAAUUUUGGCAACAGGGCAAUACAUACCGUUGUUCGGAACGAAACGGAACAGCGCCCAUCUGUGUUCCUUCAUGCCAACCACUGCCGUCAGCACAGUGAUCUGUAAGCCACAGUGUGCAGGCCGUGUGAUUGUUUUUGGUCAAUGUUGUUGGAGCACAGUCUUGAAUCCACAGUCGUUCUCCUGUGACAGUGAUGCCGAGAUCGCAUUCCGGGUAGUAUUGUAUGCUCGAGAGCCAACCCCUGUCGACCAGAUGCCAGAGUCGGGCGCCAUAACCUACAUGCCAUGGAUCAAAAUAUGGCAUCGCAGUGCAGAGGUGCAGAAUCAAGGGUGCUGCGUUUGGCCGUGGUGGGUGAAUGAAUGGGUGUG